CAUAUAUUUUUAUAUGAACUUUUGUUAAUACUUUAAAUUUUGGUUGGAUUUUUUUUUUAAACAACAAAUAUAAGCAUUUAUAUACUCGAUAAAAUUUAACGACAAUGUUAUUUUUCUAAACCAACCAAUUUUUAAUAACUAUGAGAUAAUAAGAAAUGAAGGUUAUAUUUGUUUUAAUAUCUAUUUUUGUAAUCUACGAAACUAGUGAAUCUCGUCUAAAACGGUCCUUUUCAAUAGAUUUUGAAAAUAAUUGUUUUUUGAAAGACGGAAGCCCAUUCCGAUAUAUAUCUGGAAGUAUGCAUUACUUUCGAAUACCGAAGCUAUAUUGGAACGAUAGCAUGAAAAAAGCCAAAUCGAUGGGGUUAAAUACAAUUCAAUCUUAUGUUGCAUGGAAUAUUCACGAGAUAAAUGAAGGACAUUAUGACUUUAAUGACGAUAAAGAUAUCAUCAACUUUAUAAAUCUUGCCCAGCAAAACGAUCUUUUAGUGAUACUGCGUCCAGGUCCUUAUAUUGACGCUGAAUGGGAGUUCGGAGGUUUUCCUUGGUGGAUGGCGAAAAGCAAUAUGACAAUGAGAACAUCAGGAGACAAAAGUUACAUGAAGUACGUUUCAAACUGGUUUAGUAUUUUACUACCUAUGAUAAAUCAAUAUUUAUACAAAAAUGGCGGACCGAUUAUUGCUGUACAAGUUGAAAACGAGUACGGUAACUACUACGCUUGCGAUCACGAAUAUAUGAAAGAAUUGAAAAACUUAUUUCAACUACAUCUUGGAAACGACGUUGUACUUUUUACUACUGAUGGGUAUACUGACGAUUAUUUAAAAUGUGGUACUAUUCCUUCUCUUUUUACUACAAUUGACUUUGGAACAGAGAUCUCAGCAGUGGAAGCUUUUAAGUUAUUGAGAAACUAUCAAAAAAAAGGACCUUUAGUAAACUCUGAAUUUUAUACUGGAUGGCUAGAUUACUGGGGCAAAAACCAUCAAAAAAGAAAUGCAAGAAAUAUAGCUUUACAUCUUGAUGAAAUCUUAAAAUUAAACGCUUCGGUAAAUUUAUACAUGUUCCAAGGAGGAACAAACUUUGGCUAUAUGAAUGGUGCUGAUAUGAGCGAUGGCCAGUUUUUAAUUUCACCAACAAGUUAUGAUUACGACGCACCGAUAACUGAAGCUGGAGAUUUACAAGCGAAAUUUUUUUCCAUAAGAAACGUUAUUCAAAAAUACACCGACUUUCCUUUGCCACCAGUACCCAUACCCUCUGUAAAAAUGGCGUAUGGCAAAGUCUUUAUGAAAAGUUUUACAAAUUUGAAUCAAGCUAUAAAUCUUUUUUGCUCAAUCAGUCGUCCAGAACAUUCUAAAAAUCCUUUAAGGUUUGAAGAAGCAAACUUAGGCUAUGGGUUUAUGUUGUAUCAAACGGAAUUACCCGAUGUAAAUGUAAAUAAUUAUUUAGAAAUUGAAGAAGUCAACGACCGUUCAACUGUAUAUGUAGACGGUGUAAAGCAAGGUUGCGCAAGUCGAGGACAAGUGGCUUUAAAUAUUACCAAAGGAAAAACAUUGGAAAUUCUAGUUGAAAAUCAAGGAAGACUAGCUUACGCAACUAAAGGAGUUAAAUAUCUUCCUGAUGUGAAGGGAAUCUUAAGUGAAGUACGAAUUAAUCAAAAGAUCAUUAACGAAUGGCUUAUGUUCCGCAUUAACGAUUCAGUGGUUAACAAUCUUCAAAAAAUGAAUAAAUCAACAACAAAACAAAACUCAACAGGAUUGUUUUUUUUCUCAUCGUUUUUUAUAGAAAAAAUACACGAUACAUACAUUAAAAUGAAUGGAUGGAAAAAAGGUCAAAUUUAUAUAAACAACUAUAAUAUUGGUAGAUACUGGUCGAUAGGUCCUCAACAGACACUUUACAUACCAAAAAGUUUUCUUAAAAAAAAAAAGAAUACUGUUACAAUUUUUGAGCUUGAUGAGGCGCCUUGUUUACUUACUAAAAUACGGGAGUGUUUUAUAGAAUUUGUUGAUAAACCUAUUUUAGGUUAGAAA